UACGCGACGUUAGGUCGAUUAAGUCACGGUGUAAAACAAACUAAAUUUAAAAAAAAUAUCUCACAAAGUUAGGAAAUUACACACUAACUCGUGAUCAUGUAAAAAUUCCAGUGCAUAUGGAUGUUUUAUGCACGUGAUAAGAUUGAAAUGGGGCAGGUUAGGUUUUGUCUAUAACAUUUUCAUCAUUCAUUAAAUGCUGUACUGCAAAGAGGUAUCCUUUAAAGGGCAGUUUAAGAAAAAUGACAUCACUACAGCCAAAGAAAAUUAUUGCCAUCUGUCAGAUGACUGCAAAAUCUGACAAGGAGGUCAACAUUGGUACCUGCUCAGAGCUAAUUAAGACUGCAAAGGUGCAGAAUGCUGAGAUGGUUUUCUUGCCAGAAGCAUGCGAUUUUAUAGGUGAAAAAAGGUCACAAAUUAUAGAGAAUGCUGAUCCUCUGAAUGGGGAAACUGUAUGUUCAUUUUGUCAAAUGGCAAAAGAAAAUAAGGUUUGGUUGUCUUUAGGAGGUAUACUUGAAAAGGUGGACAAUGAAAAAGUGAGGAACUCUCAUAUUGUCAUCAACAAUGAAGGGAACAUUGUUUCUGUAUAUCACAAGAUUCACAUGUUUGACGUUGACAUACCAGAGAAAAAUACCCGGAUCAUGGAGUCAGAUUAUGUUCUUCCUGGCGAGAGAAUUGUUGCACCUGUGGAGACACCUGUUGGAAAAGUGGGACUUGCAAUUUGCUAUGACAUGCGUUUCCCAGAGUUAAGCCUCACUCUAGCAAAGACAGGUGCUGAUAUAUUGACAUUCCCAUCUGCUUUCACAUUUGCUACAGGAGCAGCGCACUGGGAGACACUUCUCCGAGCUCGUGCUAUAGAGAGCCAGUGCUAUGUAGUCGCAGCAGCACAGACUGGUACUCACAACAGUAAGAGAUCUUCAUGGGGACAUGCUAUGGUAGUGGAUCCAUGGGGGACUGUGGUGGCACAGUGUUCUGAAGGAACCAGUGUUGCCAUAGCUGAAAUUGACUUAUCAUAUAUUCAGAAGGUACGAUCAACAAUGCCAGUGUGGCAGCACCGACGUAACGACUUGUAUGCAGAAAUGUCACUUCUUAAAACUGCUGAAAAGUCAGAUGAAAUUGACGACAAGGCCGCAUACAGGUUUGGUUCGACAGUUGUGCAAGGAAGUACAGUAUUCUACAAAACAAACAAAACUCUGGCUUUCACAAAUAAGAGGUGUGUAGUUCCUGGACAUGUGCUGGUGGUACCAAUACGCUAUGUAGAAACACUGAAAGAUUUGGAAAAUGAUGAAAAGGAGGACCUUUUCUUGGUUCUGAAGAAGGUGCACGAAGUGAUCCGAAAUGUCUACAACACAUCUUGCAUUACCACUGGAAUUCAGACUGGGGCAGCUGCUGGUCAGACUAUUAAGCAUCUGCACGUGCAUUUGAUGCCUAGCAGAUCAAAAGCAGUAAGUGACAAUGGUGCCAUGUUGGAUGCUUCCUGUGAUAGACCUGAGCGGUCUAUAGCUGAAAUGUCUCAAGAAGCUUCUAUGUUGAGGCCAUUCUUUUAAAAUGUGAGAUAGUUUCAGGCUGGAAUGAACCAAAAUCAGAUUCUGGUGCAGAACUCGCAAGUAGCCAAACACAUUUCACUGAAAUAUGUUUUGUUGUUUUUGAGUUGAAAUGUGGUUGGGCAGACAGAACCUCCCCAAUUUAUAUACUUUAUGCAAUGAUUGCAUAAGUUACUAAACAAAAUUUAAAUUAUGUGUCUGAAAACUCAGUGACUAUGUAAAACAUAUAUUACACAGAGUUAAAAAUGUAUGAGAUAUUGAUAAAAUUUAGUUUGUGUAUGUAGAUUCUAUGCUGUGAUUUGAUUGGCUGUCUUAGUUAUAUUUGGGUAGAUAUGGUGAAAUGGGAAAUAAAUAAAUUUGUUUUUCUUGUA